GCCUUGGAUACUGAUCCACAAUCGCUCAUGAUUCAAACCUUGCCGAUAAACCAACCACCAUCUGUCCCACAGGCUAGUUUGCAAUCGAAUUUAUCGACAAUCUCCGCUUCUCAAGCAGUCGCCAGUAAUGCCACUUCUAUUCCUCUACUUCCUCUAAUCCAAGCAGACCAACCAUUUCUUGGUUCUGGUCCCUUAGCCCCCGAAAACGCUCAAUCAAUCACACCUAUUAUUCAACAGCAGUCUCAUCUGCAGCAACUGCCUUCGGAUCAGCAUCCAUCACUGGCAAAUGGACCAUCUGAUGCAUCCACUUCUGUAGUAAGUAAUAUCAAUGAGACCCACCAACUCGCUCCUAUCUCGAUUAUUACCCAAAGUAUGAUCACGCCAACCGCUGAAUGUCUCCCUUCCACAGAAGUAAUUCAGAAUCCUCAACGGCAACAGCCUGGAACUUACGUAAUGCAAAAUCAAGUAUUAACCUCAAACUCUACUCAUGUGACCCUCGUUCAGCCUGUUCAAACUCUUAUCUUGUGUCCAUCAACCCCUUCUCGAUCCUCUGUGGUUUCCACGGACACUUCUGUUGUUGCUCAGAUGUCAUCACCUAUUGUCCCACUUUCUUUAGGGGCUCCGUCUGACUCCCAUGACAUUCCUAUUUUACUACCAGGAGCUUCCUGUCUGACUAGAGACGGUUGUAUGGAUCCUCCCGCCUCUGUGCUUCCAGUAACGGAGCUAUCAUCUGAAGAAGAGGCAAAACGAAUCCAAAGAGAAAAGCGUCGUGCGUAUCGUCAAAAGAAAAAGUUGGAGCGGCUUGAGCUUCAACAAAAGCAGGCAGAGCAGGCGAAAAAGUCGGAAGAUGGUAUUGAACCAAGUGAUUCCAGCGAUAAGGUGGAUGAUGUUUCCGAUUGUAUUUCUGAUCCUAAGAUGAACAAAACAAAAGAAGAGAUCGCCAAUCAUAAGAAACGCUUGACACCUAAGAAGUCUCGUCGGAAGUCUCUAACGACGAAUCAAGGAGAAGCUACUGAUUGCCCAUCUACAAAUAUCGAGGUAUACGAAACCACUGACUUCAUAUCCGUCACAUAUUAUGCUAUUUUAUAA